UUUAUCUUUGAUUUCAUAAGCCGGCGAUAUUUGAAGAAGAAGAUCAGCUCUUUUUGGUCUUCUAUUUGAUUUUUUAAGCAUAUCCAAUGCCUGAGAAAGGAGGGAACUUUGUUCCAGUUCAUCAAUGGCGUUUUGGGUUGUUAACAACUUUGGUUCUCGUCGGCAUUGUGGUGGUUUGGAGCAUAGAUGGCUGCACCAUCAAGGAUUUCAUCAAGUCAUGGCAGUUUAAACAAGAUUACAUCACCUUGAAAGUGAAGGCCUUUGUUAAUAUCAAUCAAACUCACCAAAAUCCCUCACAUUCCCUUCGAAAUUUCACCUUAAACCCCACUUUAAACACUACAAACCUCCCCCUUUCCAGUGUUGAUUCAACGAAAUCCGAUGAUUUUUCUGUUCUGAACUGGGUUUCGGCUGAGCUUGAGAACAACUUUACUGCAAAUUUAUUGAGCAGGUGGUUGGCUAAAGGAGGAGAACCUUGUAAGGACUCUGAAACCAUGGGAAUCAAUAUUCCUGGUUUGGAUCAUGAAAAAAUGGUGGAAUUAUCUGCUGGUGAAAUCCAUAAUUUUGUGUUUCAAGCUGUUGAUGAGUCCGGGAAUGCUCGUUGUUUAGGUGGGGAUUACUUCGAAUUCGAUCUUUCGGGUGAUUCAUGGAAAUCAAGGCCUGUUGUUAAAGAUUUCGGCAACGGUUCUUACUCGGUUUCGCUUCAGGUUCAUCCUGAUUUUGCUGGUGAUUAUAAUCUCACUGUCAUUCUGCUCUUCAGACAUUUCCAAGGUCUUAAAUUCUCGCCUGCUAGAUUUGUGUUUGAUAGACAAUUACGCCAUAUAGGGAUUAGGUUCUUUAGGACUAAUGCUCAGUUGCCUCAGCUGAAAACUUGUCGAAAAUCCGAUUUUGAUCGAGAUGUUUGGUCUGGUAGAUGGACUAGGCAUGGGAAGAAUGAUGAUUGUCGGAUUAGCAACGAUGGUCGUUACCGAUGCCUGGAACCGGAUUUUCCGUGUAAGAGUCCAUGGUGCAAUGGUUCAUUAGGAGUUUUGGAGAGUAAUGGUUGGGUUUAUUCUAGCCAUUGUUCGUUUCAGUUGUUUUCAGCUGGUUCUGGUUGGGAUUGCUUGAAGGACAGGUGGAUUUUCUUCUGGGGCGACUCGAAUCAUGUCGAUACGAUCAGGAACGUUCUUAAUUUCGUGUUGGAUUUGCCUGAGAUCAAAUCUGUGCCGAGAAGGUUCGAUAUGAACUUCUCGAACCCUGAAGAUCGGUCUCAGACGGUUCGAAUCACUAGCAUUUUCAAUGGUCAUUGGAAUGGAACACAGAAUUACUUGGGCUUGGAUUCUUUGAAAGAUGCAGGGUUUCGGAACUUCGUAAAGAAUUACUUCUCGGGUGAGAAUGUCCCGGACACUAUCAUCAUGAACUCCGGCUUGCAUGACGGAGUUCACUGGUUGAAUAUUCGAGCGUUUUCACACGGGGCAGAGUAUGCAGCGUAUUUCUGGAAAGACGUUAUGGAAUCGGUGAGGCAGAAAGGGCUUCCGGUGCCACAAAUUGUGUUCCGGUCCACAAUCGCAACCGGCGGGUAUGCUAGAUCACUUGCAUUCAAUCCUCACAAGAUGGAAGCAUUCAAUGGAUUAUUCUUAGAGAAGUUGAGGCAAGCCAGGCUGGUUUUGAGUGUGAUCGAUAACUUCGAUAUGACCUAUUCAUGGCACUUCGAUAAUAGAUGCAAUGACGGCGUUCAUUACGGGAGGGCUCCCCUGAAGAUGAAGUGGAGAGACGGCGAAAUCGGACACCAGUACUUCGUCGAUCUCAUGUUAUGCCAUGUGCUGCUUAAUGUUGUAUGUGCAAGGUCGUAGAGCCAGUGCUAGGAGCGUUUUUCCCAAGCGGAGAGCCCCGGGGAAGCGGCCUCUACAACACCGUAGAGUAAACUACCGGCAACAACGGCUCAAGGCGGUGCUUGGAGUAGAGCCGGCAUUCAUUAUUUGUUUAUUGAACUAUUUCCAUACGUAUUUUGAAAUACAGAGUUGCUUCACUUGUAGACGAUUAGAAGGGAUUUUUCAUAAUAUUGAUUAUCAUGUGAAA